AGCAAAUGUCAAGUUGUUGGACUGAUCCAGAUCACAAAAUGUUGACGACCCUAAUGCCUCUGCCCGCACCCAAGCAGAACAGGAUUACGCUAAGACCUUGGAUGCUGGUCAAUUGUUUUCAAAUUAUCUUGCUGCUCACCGUCCUACCUCAAGAAAGCCUUGGCGGAAAACACGAGAGAAGUUUGCUAAAUAACCUACUAGCGAAUUAUAAUACCCUGGAGAGGCCGGUCGCUAACGAAAGUGAACCUCUUGAAGUGAAAUUUGGCAUCACAUUACAGCAAAUCAUCGAUGUGGAUGAAAAGAAUCAAAUAUUAACGACGAAUGCGUGGCUAAAAUUGGAAUGGACAGACUAUAAUUUGCAGUGGAACGAGUCUGAUUAUGGGGGAGUAAAGGGUCUUCGAAUCACACCCAACAAGUUGUGGAAACCUGACGUCCUCAUGUAUAACAGUGCGGAUGAGGGUUUCGACGGGACGUUCCAAACAAACGUGGUGGUCACGCAUAACGGCAGUUGCCUGUACGUCCCUCCGGGCAUCUUCAAGAGCACAUGCAAGAUAGACAUCACUUGGUUCCCCUUUGACGACCAACACUGUGACAUGAAGUUCGGAUCCUGGACCUACGACGGCAACCAGCUCGAUCUGGUUCUCAACUCGGAGGAAGGAGGUGACUUGUCCGAUUUCAUCACGAACGGGGAAUGGUAUCUCAUCGGAAUGCCUGGAAAAAAGAACACCAUUACCUAUCAAUGUUGUCCAGAACCCUACGUCGAUGUUACUUUCACGAUUCAAAUUCGAAGACGCACCCUCUACUAUUUCUUCAACCUCAUCGUGCCCUGCGUCCUAAUUUCGAGUAUGGCGUUGCUUGGAUUCACUCUGCCACCUGAUUCAGGAGAAAAGCUCACCUUAGGAGUGACCAUCUUGCUAUCACUGACGGUGUUCCUGAAUCUCGUCGCUGAGACCCUGCCCCAAGUUUCAGACGCUAUACCCCUGUUAGGUGUGACGAUCCUGUUAUCACAGACGGUGUUUUCGCUGCUGGUGGCCAACGUUUUGACGCGAACUUCGGAAGCGGUGCCACUCAUAGGGACAUACUUCAAUUGCAUCAUGUUUAUGGUGGCAAGCAGCGUUGUACUCACCGUCGUGGUACUCAAUUAUCAUCAUCGAACUGCCGAUAUUCAUGAGAUGCCACAAUGGAUCAAAACGGUGUUUCUACAAUGGCUGCCUUGGAUGCUGGGAAUGGGUCGUCCCGGUAAACCCAUAACGAGGAAGACCAUUCUAAUGAGCAAUCGAAUGAAGGAACUCGAACUUCAAGAAAGGAGUAGUAAAAGCCUACUAGCGAAUGUCCUAGAUAUCGAUGAUGACUUUCGUCAUGGAGGUACCAACAGUGCAAAUGCAACUUAUAUUCGAAACUCAAAGGGACCCUUUGACAACAGGUCGGUGUACGGCACACCGUUGACUGGCCGACCUGCCACAGUCGAGGAGACUUCUGCGUCGCUUCCUCUCAGCGGUACACAGAGGGAGUUACAAACGAUUCUCAAAGAACUUCAAUUCAUAACGGGACGAAUGAAAAAAGCCGACAAUGAAGCUGAAGUAAUUAGCGAUUGGAAGUUUGCGGCUAUGGUGGUUGACAGGUUUUGCUUGAUCAUCUUCACGUUGUUUACGGUGAUAGCGACGGUUGCCGUAUUGCUUUCCGCGCCUCACAUAAUCGUCCAGUAAUAGACUAGCAGUAAACCGCCGUGAAGAAAUUCGAUUGAAAUCCUGCAUCUACGAUUCCAUGGCAUAAGAUUCGCAGACUCCAAUCCUGUCUAGAGUGUUGACGUCCUAGCAGUGGAUUUAGAUGUGAAUAAUGUCGACCUGGUAUACCAUGUCAAACUACGCAGCUUAAGCAUUGACAACCCUUGUGGAUCGAUUGGCUGAUCGGCAAGCUGAUGGAGCUGCGACGCUUCGCUGCUCCACCAUCCUCGUGCUCGACCAACGCGACGAUGCAUCAACAUUCGAAAAGUCAAAAAUGUACUCCGCCCACCACUACUGCGCGAAACGACAACUGCUACCCACAGAAAUCUAGAGGAACGAUAAUCUCUCAGAUUCUGGUACAACAACAGCAACACGAUUUAAAGAUGCUCAAGUGCGAAAACUCAAACAGGUAGGGGUUUUCUAUGAUAAGACAAUCGGACUGAUGUUAAGGCGAUAGAAUCCCGAAUUACCUCUCUGCAGACGAGAUCGAAACCAAUUAUAAUGUCAAUACCCUUGUCCAUACAAUCGAUCUUCCUUCAGGAGAAACAAACUUAAUCUCACUUUCCUACCAAUGCUGUCAACAGAAUUCUUUUAUAUAUUUAAAACGCUUGAAUGCAGUUUUGGCUGUCGCAAUCCAGUUUUACAAACUAAAAUACAAAUAUUUAAAAAGCGACAUGUCUAUUUUAUAAGGAAUUACUUAUUUGCUGAAAAUUAUUAUAAAGUUCGUUCCCCCAGAAGGAAACUCGAGGUUUCUCAGGAAACAUUCUCUCGGCGAAAGUCAAAUGUAUUCGCAACUGCGAAAAACAAAUCUAAAUGUAAUCUUGACUUCUCUUGAAAAGACUAACCGCGUGUUGCUAUUAAUUGCAAUACUUUAGUUGUCGAGAACCUGAUACGGCCUUUAAAUAACUGCCAAUAUCUCGAGUUUGCAGGGAGGGUAGAGGGUAUAAAGAGACUAAAAUGUCCGCAUGUUUCGCCCGAUGGAAACUCAUAAGAGAGUUUGUAUGCUUGUGUGUGAGACUGGCGCUAAUUAAAAAGUCAAACCAGAAGAUACCGAAAUCGAUCAGUGAUCUGCGACUUGUACUUCUGAUCUAGCGUAAUAAUAUGCGCGGUGUUUAGAUAUGAAUAAGAGUUUGUAUGAUGUAACGUCUAAUAUCGCGAGGCGGACAAACGCCCGUUUAGGUAGUUGUGACAGGACUAUGAAAAUAAAGAAUAACAGUAAAAAAAACUGCCAUUUGAAUCGCCAAAACAUCUUGAUAUUAAAUUAAUAUUGUUCGGGGAACAGUUCUAACCGUAAGAUUUAGCAAUAUGAUCUUUACAAAUUGUGGAGUCUCUUUCGUGGUUUGAGAUUAUCGGUAUCAGCUUUCGUUUCCAGUAAACUGCUUUUUGUGCUGUGAAUUUUUUUUUAUUAUGAAUUUCUUCUAUAA